UGUCUCAUUUUGUUUUUGCUUACUUACACAAAGAAAGAGCACUCCAAAUUUAAAUUGUCUUCUUUCUCCACACUUUCAUUAGCCAAAAAUUCACUCAAUCAUACACACAAAAAACAAUCAGAGCAACAAAAAAAAAUGAAUUUCUUGUCUUCUUCCUCUAUAAAUAUUGACAAACAAUUCUGAUUAAAACAAAAACAAAAACACCCCUUUUUUUUCUUGAACAUUUCUGUCCUAUUCUUCAAGUAACAAAGAAUUUACAAUGUCUUCUGAACUUUUUUUAUUUGAUAACACUUUCUUUUCUGACCCUUUUUCUCCAUCUUUUAUUGACAAUAAUAAUAAUCCUAUUUUCCAAGACAACAAUUUUACUAUGCCAACCAAAGUUGAUGACACUCUUUCAAUUGAUCAAAUUGCAUCAACUUUUCUCUCAUCAUCACCACCAAGUCAUCAACUUGAAAAUCUUUCACUAUGUCAAAUUGCAAAUCCAAAUUCUUUAAUUGGUUUAGAUGAUUUUAAUGAUUAUUCUAUUAAAUCAGAAGAAUUUCAAGUCCAUUUUGAAAGUAAUUUUGGUGCUAGUGAUGAUCAUUUAAUGGUGCCACAAAAUGAUGUGAAAAUGAUGCAAAGGAGUUUUAGUAGCAAUUCUUUUGAAAAUAAUAAUAAACAAAGUUUCUCUAUUUUUACACCUAAGUUUGAUAGUUUAAUUGAAUCUCCAAAUUUCCAAACAUCAGCAACACUUAGCUCACCUGAAAACAGCUCUUGUUCAGGUCAAAUGAGAAGGGUAUGCAGCACUGGUGACUUGCAAGAGAAGAUGAAAACAAGUCAAACAAGGAACACUUUAUCAUCAAGUCCAUUAUCAGGAGAAAGAACAUUUAUUGAAGAAGUUGCAAAUAUCAAAGUUGGAAGAUAUAGUGCUGAAGAAAGAAAAGAGAGAAUUCUUAGGUACAAAGCCAAAAGAACUCAAAGAAACUUCAACAAAACCAUUAAGUAUGCAUGUAGGAAAACAUUAGCAGAUAAUCGUCCAAGGAUUCGUGGAAGAUUUGCACGUAAUGAUGAAGCUGUUGGUGGUAUUGAGAUUCCAAAAACUUCAUCAUCAAUGUUUAAUAGUAGUAGAUAUGAAGAUGAAGAUGAUAUUUGGAUUGAGGGAGUUCAUGAAGAGGAAGAAGAUCAUCAAGGCUCAAUAGGGAGAAGACAAUUCUAUCACAACUUUGGUUCAAUGACACAAUAUCAUCAACAAUAUUCAAGCCACUAAAUUGGAUCAUAAGAGAAUUUAUAUAUAUAUAUAUAAAAAAAAUUGGAUCAACCAUGAUGAAUAAGAUAAUUAGGUGCACUUGCAAGUGCUACAUUUUAAAUGUCUAUGGAGGGAGUAGAAUCACUAGUUAGUAAUAUCUAGUAUUGAGAAGAAAUUGUUUUUUCUAGUAAUAAUUUUAUCUAGGAGCUUAAUUAUUGCUAGUAAUUAAGAGGUCAUGUACAACUUAUUGUCCUCUUUUAAUUUAUUGAAAUUCAUAUUUACUAUCUAUCAAAAGAAUUUCACCUUUGUC